CCACCCUCCAACGCUCGCCUCGCACAUGUGACCACCCCGGCCAAGAGGAUCACCUUCUACAAAAGCGGCGACAGCCAGUUCGGGGGCGUCAAGAUGGCGAUCCACAAGCGCAGCUUCAAAUGCUUCGACGCCCUGCUGGACGACCUUUCCCAAAAGGUGCCGCUGCCAUUUGGGGUGCGUACUGUGACGACUCCCCGCGGCACACACUCCAUCAAACACCUGGAGCAGCUGCAGGACGGCGGAUGCUAUCUUUGCUCCGACCGACGCCUCGCUAAGCCGGUCAACAUGGAGCUGGCCAGCAAACGCCCGGGCAUCUGGUACCAUCACAGCAGGAAGCCCCAGAGACCCGAGUCCUCGUCCGCAACACCCCCGGGACAUUUAUCUUACAGGCAGCGGAGGAUCCUGCUGGUGAAGAACAGCGAUCCGGGGGUAAGGAGGAGCGUGGUUCUGAGCAGGAGGUCCACACGGAGCCUGGGGACUUUCCUGGAUGCCGUGUCCGAGGUGAUGCAGUUUCACGUCCACAAGCUUUACACUGCAGAGGGACGAAGGAUCGACAGCGUGCAAAGCCUCAUGACGUCUCCCGGUGUUUUGGUGUGUGUCGGUCGGGAAGCCCUCAGCCCAAUGUUGGUAAACUUCAUGAGGAAGAGCUCAGAGGAAAAACUUCCCGGUGUGGGCAUCAGGUCCCCAGUUCUCGGACCGAGGAUCCCGGGAAACGGGGCCCGAUCUCCUGCUACUCAAGGAGUGAGAUCCCCACCUCAUGGAGCUCAUUCAAGAGCCAGCGAGUACAGUGAAGUGCAUGAAAGCAAGAAAAAUGUUAACUUCGGUCUGGAAACCAAAAAAAGCAUCAUCCACCCUCGCUCAGAUUCCUCAAGCCGCUCCGCCCGUUUCUCCUUGUCUUCGGAGAAGUCGUACAGCAACGGCGUCAGACCGUCCAUCAUGAACGACGACAUUGAAAAGCGUGUGGUGGUCAACAAAGAUGGCAGCCUCUCUGUGGAGAUGAGGGUGCGUUUCCGCCUGCACAAUGACGAGACCCUUCAGUGGUCCACACAAGUUAAAAAAUCUCCAUCUCUGACCAAUGAAUGCCAGGCCCCGCCCCACUAUCUGCAGCAGGGCCAAUCGGAGAGCUGCUCUGACCCCGAUUCCUCCUCCUUUGACCCUGAAGGUGUGGAUUAUUCCAACCAAAAUGGUGUUAUGAAGGGAAACGGAUGCCCCUGCUGCUACCAAAGACAGGAGCAGCAGUACGACUUGUGGGAAAACCCGGCACACUGCCACAAACACCACCCUGUCCCUCCUCCACCUGCAUCCAGACACACCAUCGCAAGGCAUACACGCUCUUCUUCUUCCUCUUCGUCCUGUAACUCCAGGAGGGUGGUGCGCUGUCGAGCGAGAGACUCAGAGCCGAGCAAAAUAGUCCAGGAGGAGACGUUUGUGACGGAGCAGGUGGAGGUGGAGCAGGACGGAGAUACAUGUGUCGAAGUGUGCACGGUGAGCCGAGGAUGCAGCCGAAGUGAAGUCGUCGCCAUUGACAGGAAGUCAGUGGCGGAGGUUAAGAUGGAGGAUGACGAGCGUCCGCUGUCUGUGAUCAGCAGCUCCUCACAUGUCCUCCAAUCCCUGAAAGAGGACCAGGAUGAUGAGCUGCCACCCAGCGCCUCACAAUGCUGCCGUAGCAUCGAACCAUCUCCAACGCACAAGGAGGAUGAGGGAGAGGGGAAGAGCAGAGCAGCAUCCUCGUCUCACUGUGGAGCAGACACCCCCCGUUCAACAGCUGACGACCGAGCCCCAAGCUCCAAGUCCCAAAGGAGUCGAGCAUCUGACAGGUCUGGUGACAACAAGAUCCCAAACACAGAGCAAGAGGAGGACGCAGAACUAAAGAGGGUUGUUAGCAGCUUGUCUCAGAAGUCAUCCGGCGUGUGCUCUAACUGUGGCGCCUGCAAACGCGAGGCUAACUCUGAGUCUAGCAGUCGAGCGUCACAAAGGUCCGAUCGCUCACACAAAGCUCCUUCCAAGCCUCCCACACCUCUCGGAAAUAACGGUAGCGACGACGAAGACUCAGAGUGUUCGGUUGGGUCGACGCAGUCCAACAGGAGCAACAUCACCGGCCGCUGCUCGGCGGUGUCACACAUGCUGGAGGAAAGAGCGUCCAGUCACAUGUCCAGUCCUGAGGAAGGAGGGGGCGAGGAGGAAGGAGCCAGUGACGGUGAUGUAGGAGAGGAAGCAGAGGAAGAGAGGUCAGAUAGCUCCUUGUCAGACAAAUCUGGGGCUUCUGUAAAGACAAUAACUAAAGCUGCUUCCCCGACUGGAAGUGCAGUCGUGGAGGAAGAGGAUACAAACAAAAGAAGUCCCAGUGCCCUCUCUGAUAAGCCAGACAGACCUGAGAGUGUCCUUUCUGCUAAAUCCAAUGUGUCUGCAAAGUCCGGAAAAUCUCACAAGUCAACUUGCAGUCACUGUGCGAGGCCAGUAUCUGCAGCAGCUCAGGAAACGAUUGAACCAGAAGAAAAUGGACAAGAAGAAGGAGUUGAGGUCGAGGAGAGAGCAGCGAGUGCCGCUUCAGCAAAAUCCAAUCUUUCAGCGAAGUCUAAUAAGUCCUCCAAAGCUCUUGAAAGGUCAGAAAGUGAAGAGGGUGAAGAAGAACGGCCUGCGAGCAGACGGUCUGGUAGAUCCAACGUGUCUGUUAAGUCUUCAAAGUCGUGCAAAUCUAACGGCAUUGACAUUGCUGAACCUCCAUGCUCCGAGGAAAAGGAAGAUGAGUUGGUAGAAGAUGAAGUGGCUUCUCCAGCUGUUUCAGAAAGAGCAACCAGCGCCAUGUCGGGGAAAUCAAACAAAUCCUCCAAAUCCCAGAAGUCAGCAGCAGUUUCUCCAAAUCCAAAUGAAGCUGAUAAUCCUUCUAUCGAGGCAACCGGAGCAGAGGAGCAACAAGAGGAUCAAGAGAGGGUGGCGAGUGCUUUGUCAGUGAAAUCAAAAUCUUCAGCGAGGUCCCGCACAUCUCACAAGUCCUGCAAUAGUCUCAAACCGGUGUCAUCGACGCCACUUGUUGAUGGGGAAGGACAUGAGACAACAGAGAGAGCUCAAAGCGCUGCAUCCGCGAAAUCAGGGAAAUCUAGAGUUUCUACUUCGUCCAAUCAUAACAAGCUUCCUGAAGCCGACGCUGCAGAGACAAGAGGAUCCAGUGCCUUGUCCGUUCGCUCCACAAAAUCCGCUAAAUCUGGAAGAUGUAGCAGUGGAAAAGCGUCAGCACUCGACAAGGAAAGGAAAGAAGAAGACGAGGAGGAGGAGGAGAAGAAUGAAGCAAGCGAGGAGGCUUCUGAGCGGGCUGCCAGCGUCUUGUCCACCAUAAGUCAGAGGAAAGAUUCAGGAGACACCGAGCGAGCGCUGAGUCGAAACUCAUCCGUUUCUCUUGGCUUGGCAGAAGACCAAGAAACAGCUGACUCGGACAGUGGCAAGUCCAGUGUUUGUUCCCGUGUAAACACGGAGAAACGGAGCCGAACGAAGACAGCAACUCCCCAGGAAACACGCCCCACCGUGUCUCAAAACAGCCGGAAAAGCCCUCACAAUUGCCCUGAAAUCCCUACUAUUAAUACACCAGGAGGGAGUCAGGUUAACGAGGAAGAAGGUGAAGAAGAAACCACAAAGAGACGAGCAAGUGCAAUGUCCGCCAAAAGCUCCCGGUCUCACAAAUCUUCGUCUCGUGUCAAAGCAGCUGCGAAAGAACAACAUGAGCUUGAAUUCGACAACAGGACAUCGUCUGCAAUGUCAUCCGCGAGUGGGAGAGGUCGGAGUAAAUCCUCUGCUAGUGCCAGAGCUAAAAAAGAGACGGACAGCAGGGCGGAAAGCGUCGACUCAAAAAGCGGACGUUGCCUCAAACCUGAGUCGGCAGUUUCCGCUCAUUCGGGGUCAAAAACAAAAGCCUCAAACAGGAGUACAGGAGAGGGUUCGGUGAAAAGUAGCAAGGCCAAAUCCAGUGUGAAAUCAUCAGAGUCUCAAAAGAAAGGGGUGAACGCGUCGAGCCCCUCUCACUGCUCCACUCUGUCCCAAUCUCUGUCCGCCGCUGACCUGCUGAAGGAAACCAUGGCACGUCCACAGAGUAGAGGCAGUGUUCGGAGUCAGAGGAGAGAGGAGGUGAUGACGCCUGCCUGUCUGCCCAACGCCUCGCCUAACGAGGUGGUCAGUGAUUGGCUGCGAAGUAUACCCAACAGUAUGAUGGGAGCCAAGGAAGAGGAGGAGGAGGAAGAGAAGCCUGCAGAAGAAGAGGAUGAGGAAGAGGAGAAGGAAAAGGAGGAAGAAGUGGAGGUUUUAGAUCAAGGGAAGGAAGCGGAUGUUUCUCCUCAGGACACCAAGAGCUGGAAGUCCUCGGCUGCAGUGAUGAAAGUCCUCCUGAGCUCCUCCAUGGGCCGAUGCAAGAGCAUGCCAGAGGUGUCUCCAGUGUAUGGUCGCAAACUAAGCACAUCGGCCCGCGGGCUCCUGGACUGUUUGACCCAGCUCCAGCUCAUCGAUCCUGCGGUGGGUCAGCAGAAGAACGGCGGCCAGCGCUACGAGGACGUUAUGGUCAUCCUGCAGUCCCUCUGGCUCACCGAGCAGAAGAAUGAUUUAGUCAAAGAGCAGGUGUCUCCACCGAGGUCUUCGUCCGGGCUGGGAAUGAGCAGCGGCUCUGCAGGAUCUGGGAAGGACAAUGGGAAUCGUGGUGUGGAUGAAACGAAGGAAGAAGAAACAAAGGAGGCUUCUUUACAUGAGGAGGAAGCGGUGGAGAAAGCUGUACAUGAAGAGGAGGAGGGGGAAGUACAUGUAGAGGCAGAACCAGAGGAGGAGGGGGAAGUAAAUGCAGAGGCAGAACCAGAGGAGACAGAAGUACACGAAGAGGCAGAACCAGAGGAGACAGAAGUACAUGAAGAGGCAGAACCAGAGGAGACAGAAGUACAUGCAGAGGCAGGACCAGAGGAGACAGAUGUACACGAAGAGGCAGAACCAGAGGAGACAGAAGUACAUGAAGAGGCAGAACCAGAGGAGACAGAAGUACAUGAAGAGGCAGAACCAGAGGAGACAGAUGUACAUGAAGAGGUGGUCCUUCCAAAUAUGGACAGCCUCAAAAACACCAAGGAUCCUUCGUCCAGCUCAGCAAACGACAGCUCCAAAUCCCCGACUGAUAACGAGCGAGACACGCUGGACGACUCGAGCUCGGCCACGCCUCCGACUGUCGUGAGAGCGCCUCUGACCAAAAGACAAUCCCAGGACCCCGAUCCGGUGUGGGUGAUGCAGCUGCUGAAGAAACUAGAGAAGCAGUUCAUGAAUCACUACAUCACGGCCAUGUCGGAGUUCAAAGUGCGCUGGGACCUGGACGACAGCCUCAUCCUGGACACUAUGAUCGGAGAGCUGAGGGACGAGGUGAGCAAACGCAUCCAGCUCAGCAUCCAGCGAGAACUGAAGAAGAUCCAGGGUCGAGCCGGACGAUUGCCUCGUCCUCCGCAGAGAGGAACUCUCUCCAGAGAAUCCACCCUGACGGACAGGAGGCGUCAAAUCCUGAAGUGCAACAUCUGA